CUGCCGCCAUUUUGGUUGGGCUUGCGUCGCUUCCGCUGCCGCGAAGUAAACAGAGAGAGAAAAGGGGGAGUGCAGCGGAGAGAAAAGGGGGGACGAGGCGAGCCGAGCGCAGUGGGACGUGCCGCCGCGCGAAGAAGGCGUCGGUGGUCGGCUGCGGUGGAGGGGCUCAUGUGGCCGGAGUGGAGGCGGCGGCGCGGUCCGAGCCCCGGUUGAUGCGAGGCGCAGCAGGGAGCCGCCAGAAUGAAACGAGGAAGGAAGACUAAUGAGGCCAACAGCAGUUCAUCUGAAGAGACAGCUGAAAAAGAAUCCAAGAGGCACAAGAGCAUAGAUGACAAAGCCACAGUUGUACAGAGUCCUGACUGGGGUAACCUGCUCCAAGACAUUAUCCUGCAGGUAUUUCAGUACUUGCCCCUUUUGGAUCGUGCUCAUGCAUCACAGGUCUGCCGAAGCUGGAACCAGGUGUUUCAUAUGCCUGAUCUCUGGAGGUGUUUUGAGUUUGAACUCAAUCAACCGGCUACAUCUUACUUGAGGGCUACACAUCCUGAACUGAUCAAGCAAAUAAUAAAGAGGCAUUCCAAUCACUUGCAGUAUGUAAGCUUCAAGGUGGACAGUAGCAAGGAAUCUGCAGAAGCAGCUUGUGAUAUUUUAUCGCAGCUUGUGAAUUGCUCUCUGAAAACUCUUGGACUAAUUUCAACUGCCCGGCCAAGCUUCAUGGAUUUACCAAAGUCUCACUUUAUUUCUGCACUGACAGUGGUGUUCGUAAACUCCAAGUCACUCUCUUCACUUAAGAUCGAUGAUACACCAGUAGAUGAUCCGUCUCUCAAAGUGCUAGUGGCUAACAACAGUGACACGCUCAAACUCUUGAAAAUGAGUAGUUGUCCUCAUGUGUCUCCAGCUGGAAUCCUUUGUGUGGCUGAUCAGUGUCAUGGUUUACGUGAGUUGGCGCUCAACUACCAUCUGCUGAGCGAUGAGCUGCUGCUCGCCUUGUCUUCUGAAAAACAUGUCAGAUUAGAACACUUGCGCAUCGAUGUUGUCAGUGAAAAUCCUGGACAGACUCAGUUCCACACGAUUCAGAAGAGCAGCUGGGACGCUUUCAUCAAGCAUUCUCCUAAAGUGAACUUAGUCAUGUAUUUUUUCUUGUAUGAAGAAGAGUUUGACCCAUUCUUUCGCUAUGAAAUACCUGUCACUCACCUUUACUUUGGAAGAUCGGUAAGCAAAGAUGUACUUGGCCGCGUUGGGAUGACGUGUCCUCGGUUGGUUGAAUUGGUCGUGUGCGCCAAUGGAUUACGGCCACUGGAUGAGGAGUUGAUCCGUAUCGCAGAGCGGUGCAAGUAUUUGUCAGCUGUUGGCCUAGGAGAGUGUGAAGUCUCUUGCAGUGCCUUUGUUGAGUUUGUGAAGAUGUGUGGCGGCCGUCUCUCACAGCUUUCUAUUAUGGAGGAAGUUCUGAUUCCUGACCAGAAAUACAGCUUAGAGCAGAUCCACUGGGAAGUUUCAAAACAUCUCGGUAGAGUCUGGUUCCCGGACAUGAUGCCUACGUGGUAACAUCCUGAAAAGACUUCAGGGCAGAUGGAAUAGCACCUUAUGCUUACCGUCUUGUAAUUUAUUGUAUAAGCUUAAUUGAUACUGUAGUUUAUUAUUGUAAGUCACUGCAGCGUUUGAUAGGAUUUCAUUCAGAAACAAUUUGUGAAAUUCAAAUAAUUCAAAAUAGAAAUCAUAAAUAUCUCUAAAACCUUUCUGCAUCCAAUGAUGGAUUAGAUAUGUUCUUUUUAAUUGAUAAAUUAGGAGUUUUUUAAUUUCUAUUAAAAAACAUUGAAAUGUAACUGUAAAAUAACUUCAAUAUCCUGAACUUCUUUGAUUUAAAUACUAAUACCGAACACAAUUGGAUUUGUUAUUAAAAGCCAAAAAAAAAAACCCCACAAGUUUCAUGCUCUGUUGCACACUAUAGCAUGAUUAAGUCCAGUCACCCAGGUGACAGGGUUAAGAAUAUAUGGAGAAUUUAGUAGGCUGUGAAAUGUAUACAUUGUUUAUAUUAAGUGGUAAAAAGCAAGAUCAAUAUAUAACAAUAUAGGUUAGAAAAUUAAAAUACUGAAUUUGUUAUCUUAUUCAGUUUAUUAGAUCAAUCUAAAGUAUAUUUAGAGUGCAAACAAAUAGUAAUGAGAGCUACCAGAAGCGGUUUGCUUUUCUUCUUUCUCUAGGUAUCUUAGUUUGCUUAUGGGGUCUCAGAUUCAUGUCCAAACCUGUUUUAAGGUAUUUUAUGUCUAGCUCAGGAAGCGCAAGCAUUCUGGGAAAAAUUGUAGAUACGUUGUAUUUAAAUAGGCAUUGGAGUUAAUGAGCUUUUCUUGCACAUUAACCAGUUUUGCAGCAUAUUGUUAGACAGAGUAAUGUACAGCUUAUUAAAUGUACGCUGCGGUACUCAGUGGGACAACAUGGAUGUGAACAGUGCGAGGUGAGAUAAAAUAGGAUUGGUGACCGAGUACCUUUGAACAACACAGUAGACGUUGGCUGCUUUCAGUUUGAGGGAAAAAUGAUAUUGUAAUGGUUGCUUAUGCUGUAUAACUAAUUGUACACUGUAAAUCAGUUUCAAAAAUGUUUAUGUAUAAAGUAAAUGUUUGAUAGAUGAUCAUUUUGUAUAACUUUUAAUUCAACUGGUUCAAUCAUUUCGUAUUUUAAAACCGCAAAGCAGUAAACUUACGUGAAGUAGAGCAGUAGAGGAAAACAUUUUGAUUAUUUGCUAAAAUCAUUUUUUUAGAGAAAAUUCUAGUGUAGGCAACAUAUUGCCUGUGAUCUGGAUGUGUCUUGUGACUUCACUUCCUACUGCCAACAGUUGGGUUACUUUCUAUUCUAUUGAUGGAUAACACUAAACUGUUAAUGUUACAGAUGAAUGUUUGCAAGGUGUGAUUGGCCACCUGCAAGGCAGAGCUUCUCCAGUCUGGGGCUGUACUGAGCUCCGCUGGUGGCUGCUUCUCGUUUGAGCUGUACAUGUACUGGUAAUGAGUAGGUUUUCACUUCUGGUUUCAGUAAUGUUUUAUCCAGAUGUAUAGUUCAAUGGUAAUAUACUUAUGAGCAUAUUUAGUUCAUAAUGAUAUUUUGAGCAAGCAUUGCUCAGUGGACUGGAGGUCUUUAUAGGGAGUUGUAUGUUUCUGUAGAGCUUUGUCAUUUAAAAAUCACAUUUUAUGAAGUACACUUUUUUGUAUUAGAAUUUGUUAAUGUACUGCUAUAAUUUGCUUUUAUUUGUAUAAAAGGUGUCAAUAUAUCUAGAUCAUUGAAGUAAAAAAGUUCAGUGUUUUUUAU